AUGUCAAGACUGUUUUACAGAUUUCCGGUUUCAACUGAUCUGCUAAAGUUCUCAGAAAUAGAGCUUGAAGAUGAUGAUGAUUUAGGUACAAUGAUAGCAAUUUAUUGCCCUUUUGGAAUAAAAAAUCCCAGUCCAAUUGAGUUGUUCGCGGAGAUAGUUGAACCGGAUCCUAUUCAAAUGUCAGGUUUUGUACGGUUAGCGCCAACUCCUGAAAAUCCAAACACUGGUGGGUGUUCGUAUAACACCCCAUACUCGAGUCAUUGUCUAGAGAUCCAUCUAGAGGUGUUGGCCACCAUAGAAGAUUGUGAUGAAGGGUCCGAUAAUGAUGACCAGUCCCACCGUGAUCCCAACGAUAAAUUUAGUGACCCUGAUUUGGAUGAUAUCCCUGAAGACAUAGACGAGGAAGGGCCGAUAGAGGGUGAAAAUGCGAACCCCCAUUCAUCUGGAAACACGGGCCCUGGUAUAGUUAUAAGAAAUAAUCCAGGAACCUUCAUGAGCAACGUGGAUCCUGAUGCGGCUCUUGCACGUGAGUUCCCGAAAUUCCCAAAUAUUGUGCCGACUCACUUAGUUGACAAUGAAUUUGAUGAAGAAGAGUUGUUUGUAGGGCAACAAUUUGAUAACAAAAAAGACUGUUUACAUGCUAUCAAACAACUUAGCUUGAAGUUAGGUGUGGAUUAUAAAGUAACGAAGUCGACGCAGUCUUUGUACGCAGGAGAAUGUUGGAAAGCAUCAAGUGGUUGUAAAUGGCGUGUCCGAGCCUCGUUAAUGCAGCGGACACAGAUGUGGAUGAUAAGGAAACUAGAAGGUCCACACACAUGCACGUCCGCUCGUAUGUCGCAAGACCAUAGAAAGUUAGAUGCAAAAACUAUAUGCAACUGCAUCAUCCCUUUGGUGAAAGAGUCACCCACCAUUCAAGUGUCGGUCCUUAUUGCGGAUAUGCAAGCUCAAUUCAAGUACAAAGUGUCGUACCGAAAGGCUUGGUGGGCAAAGCAAAUGGCGAUGUGA